AUGGCUUCUCUAACUUCACAAACGUCCAGGAAGGUAAAAAAUGGCAGGAGUUUAAAGGAUUCUCCCACCGGUGGCAAUUCAACCAGUGGACAAACUGUAAAAUUUGCAAGGAGAACUUCGAGUGGGCGGUAUGUCAGUUUGUCAAGAGGAGACCUUGACACGUCUGGUGAAAUAUCAGGAGAUUACACGAAUUAUACAGUCCACAUUCCUCCAACACCUGACAACCAGCCCAUGGAUUCUUCUGUGGUUGUCAAGGCUGAAGAGCAACACGAAUUAUACGUUUCUUUGAUUAACAAAGUUUAUCAGUUUCAGCACAUAAUUUGAAGAGUUAAUUGAUAGUCUUAAUGAUAAAAGUGUUUCUUUUCCAGGUUCAAAAUAUGCAGAGAUUGUCAAUCGGAUGGACAAAAGGAAAGUCUGUGUCCGGGUUGCAAGGAGCCUUAUAGGGUUGGAGAUGGAGACUAUGAUGAUGAUGCUCCCAAUUUUUCGAAUCCAAAAGCGAAUAACAUGACCAUGAUGAAGAGAAACCAAAAUGGAGAAUUUGAUCACAACAGAUUGUUGUUUGAGAAAAAUGGUACUCAAGGAUGGCCCCUCAGUAGGAUAUUGCCAAUCCCACAAGCUAUUUUCAACCCCUACAGGAUGUUAAUUUUUAUUCUCAGAGUGGUGUUGGCGUUUUUCUUCCACUGGAGACUAAUGAAUCCAAAUACUGAUGCAGUAUGGUUGUGGGCUAUUUCGAUUACUUGCCAGCUUUGGUUUGCUUUCUCUUGGAUUCUUAAUCAAAUUCCCAAGCUCUGCCCAAUCAAUCAUUCUAAAGACCUGGAAGCCCGCCGUGACAAGUUUGACAUGCCUUCACCUUCCAAUUCUACUGGCCGCUCUGAUCUUCCCGGUGUUGAUGUGUUUGUACCCACUGCUGAUCCUGAAAGAGAGCCACCCCUUGUCACUGCCAACACUAUUCUUUUGAUUCUUGUCUUUGAUUACCCUGUAGAGAAGCUUGGUUGUUACAUUUCUGACGAUGGAGACGCCUUUCAAAUUGAGGCCAUGACUGAGGCUGCAAGCUUCGCUGAUUUAUGGGUUCCAUUUUGUCAAAAACAUAAUAACGAGCCAAGGAAUCCUGAUAGCUACUUCUCCUUGAAAGUUGACCCGAUAAAGAACAAAAGUAGGCCUGAUUUUGUCAAGGAUAGGCGGAAAAUAAAGAGAGAGUAUGAUGAGUUUAAAGUGAGGAUUAAUGGGCUGCUAGACUCAAUCAGGAGGAGAUCUGAUGUUUUCAAUGCGAGGGAAGAAAUGCAGAUGAAGCAUAUGAGGGAGAGUGGGGCUGUUCCUACUGAGCCGUUGAAGGUGACUAAGGCUACGUGGAUGGCUGAUGGUACUCAGUGGCCUGGGACUUGGGCAGUUCCUUCCAGUGGCCACGCCAAAGGUGAUCAUUCUGGUAUUCUUCAGGUAAUGCUGAAGCCUCCUAGCAGUGACCCUCUAAUGAGACGGGCAGAUGAUGAUAAGAUCACAGACUUAACAGAUGAGGAUAUACGCCUACCUUUAUUUGUGUCUAUGUCACGGGAGAGUCUACAUUCCAUGCGAUUUGGAAAUUCAAUACUGCUGGCUGAAUCUACUCCCAUUGCAGAAUUUCAAGGCUGACCUCUCGCUGAUCAUCCUUCUGUCUCCUAUGGACGUCCUGGUGCUCUUAGAAUCCCCGGGGACCCACUUGAUGCUACUACAGUAGCUGAAGGCUCUGUCAUUUCUUGUUGGUACGCAGACAAGACAGAAUGGGGUGAGCGAGUGGCCGGAUUUAUGGUUUUCACUGAAGAUGUGGUGACAGGCUUCCGUAUGCACAAUGGUGGAUGGCAAUCUGUGUAUUGUAUCACCAAUCGUGAUGCAUUUUGCGGUUCACUUCCGAUCAAUCUUACAGAUCAAUGCCAUCAGGCGCUGCGAUGAGCAACAGGCUCAGUUGAGAUUUUCUUCUCCAGGAACAAAGUGUUUCUUGCCUCCCUGCACCUCAUAAUGUAUAAUUUCCUCCCUGCCCUUUUGCUGCUUUCAGGACACUUCAGUGUGAAAACUCUAAAUAUUGUCUUCGUAGUUUACCUCCUAAUUAUAACUCUUGUCUGAUCGGGGCUAGCCAUUCUUGUGGUGAAGUGGGCUGGUAUAGGAUUGGAAGAGUGGUGGAGAAAUGAGCAGUUUUGGCUCAUAUCUGGAACCACUGCCCACUUGGCUGCAGUUGUCCAUGGUCUUCCACAAAUGAUGGCAAGGAUUGAAAUUUCUUCCACAUUGACUACCAAAUCUGCAUCAGAAGAUGAAGAUGACAUUUAUGCAGACCUCUAUCUAGUGAAGCGGACUUCCCUGAUGAUUCUGCCAAUUCUUAUAGCCAUGAUAUAUACAAUUGCCAUAGUCAUAGCAUUCUUGAGGCAAAUUUACAGCACAGUACCACAGUGGAUUAAGUUCAUUGGUGGAGCUUUCUUUAGCUUCUGGGUGUUGGCUCACAAGGGCUUGAUGAGCAGAAGAGGGAAGACACCAACAAUUGUAUUUGUUCGGACAGGUCUCAUUGCUAUUACACUUUCCUUGCUAAGGAUUUCCAUUAGUCCACCUGGAACCGAUGGAUCAGCUACAGUUGGAGGUGGCUGUUUCCAUUUCCCAGAAACUGGAACCAAAUACUGGUAAACUAUCUUCUACUUCAUUGCUAUACGAAGUCAGAGGUGGUGAUUUUACAAGAUUUUAAUGCCUAAAAAUGAAGAAGAAGAAGAGUUUGCAUUUACCUAGUCCUUCCUUUAUCUAAUCUAAUGGAUGUAAGUUAAGAGAUAGGAUAUACAAAGAGGUUUUGUUCCAUGACACUGUAAACUGAAACCAUAUUUAGUGUAUUAGUAAUCUGCUAUGUGCUCCAAACUACAAUUAGAUGCUGCAAACAAGAAAUAAAGCAGCCUAAUAUUAUACCAUUCUCUACUUUGUUGGUUUCAGUUCUCUGUUCAUACCUGCAAAACUCGUAUGAUAAUUAAAAUCCAUGGCAAGAGGCCGCU